AUGCGCAUUCCCUAUGCCCCCUCCACCCCCUCCCCCUCCUCCCCCGAAGAAGCAGAAAUCUACUCCCGCAUCGCCGCUAGACGACACCCUCGCCCACUAAUCCCACUAGACCUAGCACUGCUACACUCUCCCUCCGUAGCAGACGGAUGGAACAGCUUCCUAGGAGCGAUCCGGUCACGCACGGUGCUGGACGCCGGGCUUCUCGAGCUGGCGGUAUGUCGGGUAGCGGUUCUCAACGACGCGGUGUACGAGUGGAAUGCGCAUGCGCCGCUGGCGCUGAAGGCGGGUGUUUCGGGGAACCAGCUGAGUGAGGUGAAGAGGUUGCCUUAUUUAUCAUUCGAUGGGGAGGGCCUUCCGCAACGACCGACUGAUUCCCCCCUCACGGAGAAGCAGUGGGCCGUGCUGCUCUAUACGGAUCAGAUGACGCGCAAUGUCAAGGUUGAGGAGAGGGUGUUUGAUCUGCUGCGAGGACCGGAGCAGCAGGAUAAUGACACUCAGGAAGGGGGUGCUGGAUCAGGCCUGUUCUCACACCGCGAAAUCGUCGAGUUGACCGCCACCAUCGCAGCAUACAACUGCGUUAGCCGGUUCCUGGUCGCGCUGGAUGUGGGGGAGAACAAUGCCAAGGCGAUGAAGGAGGUGGAGGAGCUGGUGGCAGCGUUGAAAUGA